AAUCUGAACUUUAGAGACGUCGAAAACAACUGUAAAUAACCAAAUAACCAUACCCUGAGAUGGAUCCUGCAUUGGCGAAAAUACUUAUUGGGCUCGCAGUCAAUAUAAGUCGUAGUGAUGGAAGAAUACACAGCGCCACUGUGAAAACUGUCAACGUCACUAAAGCCACAAUCAAUGUGGAAUGGGCUGAGAAAGGCAUUACUAAAGGAAAAGAGGUUGACAUGGAUGAACUCAAGCAACUCAAUUCUGACCUUAUGCAACACCUUCAACCUUGUCGUCAAGAGGAACCAGAGCCUAUCGCUGCACCCGAGAAAAAAAUGGCAAAAAACAUCAGAGCAUCAGAGCUUCUUUCAAGGUCAUCCAGAAUACCUACUUCAGAACCCUCUAAAAGAAUGACCACACGUCAGACGUGCUUGUUCCGACUGCCUGCCCCUCUACCUGUGGUCUCGGCAACGGCUGCAGAAGAAGUUUUCUCUCAGGAUCUUCCCACAUCUACGAUCCCUAAACCUUCAGGUUACCAGAGGAGACUUGUUUCAAAGCCAGCUUCUCCUCUGCUACCAACCAUUGAGGCUAUAUGUGAGAGUGAGGCUUCCAAAUGUGCCCCCAUGGGUCCAUCAAGCCAUCGCAUGUCUCAAAUAUCGGAAGUGAACAGGGGGGCAAACAAACGGUUGUCGCUUGCUAAAAAUCCUGAAGCACAAAAGAGAGGAAAGUUUGGAGAUACAAGUCGCCCUAAGCAGUUUUACCAGAUGAUUGAAGACUACAGAGAGACCCUGGAGAAAAUACCCAUGUCUUUGUCCGAUCCUGUCAAACCUCACAGAAUAUGUGUCUGCGUUCGCAAACGUCCUCUUAAUAAAAAGGAGUUGGCAAAGAAAGAGAUUGAUGUGGUCACAAUACCUGGUAACGGAGCCCUGCUGUUGCACGAGCCCAAGCAGAAAGUGGAUCUGACCAAGUACCUGGAGAAUCAGAACUUCCGUUUUGAUUACUCGUUCGAUGAAGACGCCACUAAUGACUUGAUUUACAGGUUCACUGCUAAGCCUCUGGUUAAGACCAUUUUCGAAGGUGGUAUGGCAACGUGCUUUGCAUAUGGCCAAACAGGCAGUGGAAAAACUCAUACUAUGGGUGGAGACUUCACUGGAAAGAGCCAAAACAGCUCUAAAGGGAUUUACGCCCUGGCAGCACAGGAUGUAUUUACCCUCCUAAAGCAAAAGCGAUAUGCUGAUAUGGACCUUUGCCCAUAUGUCACCUUUUUUGAGAUCUACAAUGGCAAGGUGUUUGACUUGCUGAAUAAGAAAGCAAAGUUGCGUGUUUUAGAGGAUGAGAAGCAGCAGGUCAACGUUGUUGGCUUGCACGAAGUUCCCGUGUCAUCUGUUGAUGACGUCAUCAAGAUGAUUGAGAAGGGAAGUGCAUGCAGAACGUCUGGCCAAACGUUUGCAAAUGCCAUCUCAUCGCGUUCACAUGCGGUUUUGCAAGUAAUCCUAAGGCGGCGGAUUUUCCUCCAUGGGAAGUUCUCUCUGGUGGACCUUGCUGGGAACGAACGUGGCACUGAUGUCAGCAGUAAUGAUCGGCACACCAUAGUGGAGACUGCGGAGAUCAACCGUAGCCUGCUGGCUUUGAAGGAAUGUAUCCGCUCUCUGGGUCAAAACAGUGAGCACAUCCCAUUCAGGAUGAGCAAACUCACCCAGGUGCUUCGGGACUCCUUCAUUGGAGAAAAUUCAAGGACCUGUAUGAUCGCAAUGAUAUCACCUGGUAUGGGCUCUUGUGAAUACACCCUGAAUACACUCCGUUAUGCAAACAGGGUAAAGGAAUUGAAUGGCAUGUCCAAGGGAGCUUCAGUGGAGAAUGGUACACACCUAGAGAUUUCUGAGGAGGGAAACUCCUCAGAGGAGGAGUCUGUUGUCCCAGCAUUUGAGGCUAUAUCACAAGUGUCUAAUAUGGAGGAGAGGUUUUUUGAAGAAUUGAAGGGGUGCGGUGAGAUUGCCAGAUCCAUGGAAUAUCCCUCGUUCGAUAUUUUAGCAAAUUUACCAGAGAUUGAUGCAUUUAUGACGAAACUGCAAGAGUCUUACCAGGCUUUGAGAUCAGCUAUUGAAGCAGAACAGAGGGUCAGGAUGUCACCAACCUAAUCGAAGAUGAGAUUCAGCUGCGAACAACUGCAAAGAAACCUCUUCAAUUUGUUCUUUUAAUAAUCUUAUCUGCUAUCUGGUUAGAGAUACAUCAAGUGUUUUGUUUUUUUGUGUGUGUGUGUACGCUUUUAAUUGUUUUUGUGUACUGAAUAAAGGUUCCCUCAUCUUGGAUCUUUUGCUAAUCACAUUUUAAAUGCUGUGUCUUGGGUUUUCAAAGCAAUCUUCAUGAAUCAUCAGCUCUUGUGGUGUUU